AAGGCCAUCUCUCAAAUCUCGGUCGUCAUGACCCCCAACCUCGUUGCUUUCCAGCUCCUCCAUUUAUAUAAUAUAAACUAAAAUCAAGAAGAAAAAAUCACCUUCCAUUGCCGUCAAAACCAGAUUCAUCCGAAGUAAUCCAACCUCAAAAUCUCAAACCUCUCUCUCUCUCUCUCUCUCUCUAGAGAGAGAAAUGGACGACAUGCCAAAUAUGUCUCCUCCGCCCAAGGGCGACCUGACGAACACAACUUAUGGUACCAUGAUGAUAAGCAGCAGCCUCACAUGGGGCAAAGAUGUCAUCAUCCUCUUCCCCAAGUGGCCUAACAACAACCUCAGCAUGUACAUCUUGGCUCUCUUCUUCAUCUUCCUCCUCGCUGUCGCCGUCGAGCUAUUGUCCGUUUUGCCCAAACACAGACCGGCAGCCAAACCCUACCUAUCCCUUCUCGGUCAAACCGGCGUCCACACCUUUCGCACCGGUUUGGCUUACCUGGUCAUGCUCUCUGUCAUGUCAUUCAAUAUCGGAAUCCUCAUUGCCGCCGUGGCCGGCCAUGCGCUAGGUUUCUUCAUCGUUAAGGUUCGUGAUCAUGGCCAACACCCCCCCGACUCGCCCGAGCCCAAAGUUUGAUUUGUCUUCUUGUUGAUCGGUGCUUAAGUUUGUGUGGGUGCUUGGGUUUGUUUCUAUCUUCUUUUUUUGUUGGUUUGUUAUAUAGUGCAUGACUAUAUUUAACGGGAAAUAGUUUUGCUCACCAUCUAAUCUAUUGUUAUCAUACGAGUUUAAAUUUUGACAUCUAUACGGUGGAUAGAAAUAAAUAUCAGAAUUUAAAUUCAUCCAAUGAUGAUAAAUAAGAUGGUGAACAUCACCAUCACUUAAGGAUGGUGAGCAAAAGUUGCCCCAUAUUUUAUGUGUGGCUACUUUUUUUCACCAAAGAUUUUCAUGUGCCUGUUGUGUUGUGUUUUAGCUAGUUUGCUUGUGGCUCAAAUGAACUAAUAUUUGUAUGAUUUGCAUAUUUCUGUUCGAAUCAAGUAAUAUUUGAACUA